AUGGACUCAGAGCUGGUGGAUGAAACCCCAACUGGCGGAAGUGGAAGUUCGGUAUUUAUUUGGCGCGGGGGCAUUUUGGCGCCUGAGGGCUAUCAUGAGCCCUCACUUCAGAAGAAAGAUUUGGAUUCCUCAUCGGCCCUGCGACAGAUGGUCAACGGCGAGUGGCACCUGAGAUUCCGCAGCAAGGAGCACGACAAGAAGGUGGAGAUGCUGCUCACCAUGGAACCCUCCGGUCGGCUGCUGCUGUCCCCUUCCCGGGGCGCCGCCUCGCGGAAGAAGGCGGACACCAGCCGCACCAGUUUCGGAGUUCGCCUAAAGCUGCACCAAGAGGUUCAAGAAUACAUUGAACUUCAUCAUGAUGGUGUAGCACCGGAGGACUUCGGCCGGGUAUUGGAGAGCCUAUGGCAGAAAAUUCGCAACAGCUGCACAAUUGCCAUGGAGGGACGGUCUUGGGCAGAGAUUGGCUGGCCAGGCUCACAGAACCAGGUCAAGCGGCGAGCCUUGAAAGACCUGCAGAGCCGUCGGGAUGUGCUAAUUGCAAGAGGCCUUCCGGCAUUGGACGCUCUUCGCAUUGCUCGUGGCUUGAAGGGGUACUCCCAAGCUGGCGCUGACUUUGUGGAGGACAAGUCGCUUGAGAAGGAACUGAAAAUAGGCGACAUGGUUCAAUGUACGCAAGAGAGCGAGACGAAGAUCGGUUUCGGCCUCUUCGGCGGCGUCAAUGUCCUGGAACCUGGAGAAGCAGGCAAAGUCGCCAACCUCAACCACAACCGUGGACAAGUCCUUGUGGAAGGGAAGAAGGGCAGCCGCUGGUACGGGGACUCGGAGGUGGUGAAGGUGGACCCCAAGGCCCUGGGCCUGGUGCCCUUGACGGACUCCGAGUGGGCGGGGCUGCCCUCCACGCGGGCCAACUACGUGGCCUUCAGCCAGCAGCUGCCGAACCCCCUGCUGGAGGGGGGCUGGAUGGGCAAGGGCCGCGCAGAGAAAUCCACGGAGACCUCCUCGGCGGAGGUGGACCUCAACUUCGAUGUGGUGGCCAUGGGCUUCAUGUCCUCCUAUGUGGACGCUCAGGUCUUCUAUGCCGAGGCGGGCAUGGAGAUCAAGGGCCAGUGGCGUGCUGCAGAUGGAUCCACUGGGGAGGUCACCGGCAUCAAGGCCUUGGCAGGUCUGGCUCUGGGCGGCCUUUGGCAUGUGGAGCUGCAGUCCGGCGCUGACUCCAUGCAGCACGCCUGGAACUGCUGGUUCUCAUGUUUCCCACCCAGUUCUAGCAGCAACGUCACCAGCAUCCGCAUUUCUGGUUCGGCCUUAGCCGGCCCCAUGCUCCAGGAAGGGAUGGCACCUGAAAACGCUCCUCCUGCACUGCGCAUCUCCGGAGAGAUGACCGGCAAGGGCGUGGUCUCCUUCACCAUGACUGCAGAGGAAGGGGACCUGAAGGCCCUGGAGUCCCUGGGUGCCAUGGGCUGGGUGAACUCCACCUGGGAGGGCGAGCUGGGCACGGACCGCUGGCUGCGGGGCGCCUGGCGGCGCCCCGACGCCGGGGGCGCUGGGCGCUGGCGCGCCCGGCACAUCGGCAGGGCAGCAGUGCACGGCACCAUGAAGCCACAGGUGGAUUCAGGUGCCGAGUGGGAGCCGAAGCGUUGCGAGAUCCGGACCGCGCCGGCGGACACCAAGCCGGGCCGCCUCAAGAAGGGCAUGAAGGUGAAGCUGUCGAAGAUCUACAAGACCUGCAGUGAUGCAGGGUCAGGACCUUUGAAGGAGGGGCAGGUUGGCGUCAUCAUCCAAGAGAAUCCCGGACAAGACCAGCCGGUCAAUGUGAAGGCUCCGAGUGGCGGAACUUGGUGGUUUCAGGACCGAAGGCCUUAG